GAACAGCCCCUGAGUAGUAGAUCCAGAAUCUAGAUGCUUGGUCACUGGCUCUGUGCUCAGGUGGUUUCUGACCCUAUGGCCCAGGACACUUCUGGCACCAACCUGGGCUUGAUGGGAAUCCUUGCAAAACCCUGCUGGACAGGACCUGUCUUCAGUCAGGCUCUUUGAGGGGUGCUGGCAGGCCUGGGGUGCCCAUGCCCUUCCUGGCUGUUGCUGAGGUGGUCCAGCAUCAAGUAGAGCCGGCCACACCGCCCUCGGCCCAGCAUCCAUCUGAGGGAGCCGCCAGCAGCUGCUGCAGUCAGCCGGAGGGGAGGUUCUGGAGGAGAUUGUGGCUGACCCCUGGGUGGCUCAUGGGCAGCAGCAGAGGCUCCCAGGAGUGGCCAGGCCCCGCCUGCCCACCAUGCUGCAGUGUAGACGGGCCGAGGAGUUCAGCUUUGGCCCCCGGGCCCUGAAGGAUGCCCUGGUCUCCACCAAUGCGGCUCUGCAGCAGCUCUACGUCUCUGCCUUCUCCCCUGCUGAGAGGCUCUUCCUGUCUGAGGCCUACAACCCCAAGAGGACCCUCUUCUGCACGCUGCUCAUCCACACAGCCUUUGACUGGCUCCUGAGCUACCCCGAGGCACCCGAGGACUUUGAGACCUUCCACGCCUCCCUGCAGCAUAGGAAGCAAAGCCUGGCUCGGAAGCACAUUUACCUACAGCCAAUAGAUGGCAUCCUGUCCUUCUUGAAGAACAACAAGCCAGGAGACGCAUUGUGUGUGCUGGGCCUCACGCUGUCCGACCUGUACCCCCAUGAGACCUGGAGCUUCACCUUCAGCAAGUUCCUUCCAGGGCAUGAAGUGGGCAUCUGCAGCUUUGCCCGGUUUUCGGGGGAAUUCCUGCAGUCGGGGCCCAGCGCCCCUGAUCCAGCCCUGGUAGAGGAUGCAGCAGAUGGCCCCAAGACCUUCCUGCAGGACAGAGGCCGGACCCUGUGCUUCAGUACCCUGGGGAUGGUCCAGUGCUGCAAGGUCACAUGCCAUGAGCUCUGCCACCUCCUCGGCCUAGGCAACUGCCGCUGGCUCCGCUGCCUCAUGCAGGGCACACUCAGCCUGGAUGAGGCCCUGCGGCGGCCGCUGGAUCUCUGCCCCAUCUGCCUGCGCAAGCUGCAGCACGUCCUGGGCUUCAAGCUCAUCGAGAGGUACAAGCGACUCUACAGCUGGACUCAGGCAGUGACGGGGACAUGGUCUGGCCAGGACGCAAGGGAGCCAUCUGUGUCGGAGGACACCCUGCCCUUCAGCGCCGACUCGGGCAUGUGCUGUGAGAGUGAUUCGGAGCCUGUCACCAACCUGUCGGAGCCCCUCACCCCUGAUGCGUGCAGUCAUGCUUUCCCCUCAGGGCUGGAGCUGGAGCCUGAGGAUGGGCUGAGCUCCCUGGUGGCCUCGGAGGCUCUGCCACAGCUCGGGGGCCCUGCGGAGGCCAUCGGGGAGCAUGAACGGUGGCUGGCCACGUGCAUCCAGGCCCUGGAGAGAGAAGUGGCUGAGGAAGAGGUGGUGCAGGUGGACAGAGCUGUGGAUGCCCUAGACCGGUGGGAGAUGUUCACGGGGCGGCUCCCGGCCACCAGGCAGGACCUGCCCUGCAGCAGAGACAGUGCUGGGCUGCGCAAGGUCCUGGGGGAUAAGUUCUCGUCUCUAAGGAAGAAGCUGAGCACGCGCAAACUGUCCAAAGCGGAGUCUUCCCCCUAUCACUGGAAGGGAGAGGAGAAUUAGCACAGCAAGGGCUGUCCCGUCUAGUGCAGGAAAGUCAGCAGCCCGGCAUCUGCGUUUCCCUAGGACACCGACUGGCUGUCACUGUCCAGUGACUGAGGGCAGUGUCGACCCACCGGUGAUUAAAAGGAAAGGUACUCUUGAGAAGCCUAGAUGGCUCUUUCAUUCCCACCCACUCACUCGCAGCCACAGGUCCCAGGCCUGCUCCAAAGCCAGUGGUCCCCAAAAGCCUCAGGGCCCCCUUGGUGAGGUGACCUGCACGCUGGGAGGAGCACCUGCCUGCAGAGGCAGAAGGAAGCGGUGGGCUUGCUUUCUCCUUCCAGGCUGGCAGGUGUGGGCCUGCUGAGUCCCUUCCGCUGUUUAUAGCCACGUGGGCCCUGCUACUGCAACCCCAGCUUCCAAGGCCACACAGGGUCUCCACUCAAAGGGGAAGCCAUGGGUUUUGUUUCUAUCUAAAGUGUCAUCCACGCACAUGAAAGGGUCGCUUUCUGUGGCACUAAUGGCAUUCUGAUCCUUAGGGACAUCACAUGCUGUCUCUGUGAAAGUUCUGGAGAAUGUGCCCACUGGGAUUUCCCAUUUCUUUGACAGAUGCCGCAGGAAAGGAGGGUGUCUAAUUUGCAGGCUUAAGACUGUUAGACAGAGGCUUUCUUACUCCCUGAGACUGCUGCCUGCAUAACCUUCAGUGGUGAAAAACUGCAAAGACAUUCUUGGGACAGUUUUCUGACAAAGGCGGCCGUGCUGUCAGUACCAAUUAGCUCAAGCUGGUGACAGUGUUGCUUAGAUUGUGUCUUUACUGACUUUUU